CCGAGAUUGGUGGGAGUCAGUGGGUGACUCGAUGGGAGCCUCGGCUAUCGAGGCAAUGACCUGGUCGGACUUUGUGGCUAGGUUCAGGGCAGAGUUUGCACCAGCGGUCGAGCUUCAGCAGCUGGCCAGGGAGUUCUUAGACAUGAGGCAGACGACAGAGACCGUGGCGGAGAUCACCGCCAAGUUUCGGGAGAGGGCUUUAUUGGUGCCCCAGUAUGCAGGUGACGAGGAUAUGAGGAGGACUCGUUACCACGAUAUGCUACGAGCUGACAUUCGGGAGCAUGUUAGUUUUUCGGCUUGCCCUACCCUGGACUCCAUGAUUGCUAGGGCUAGGGAGAGAGAGAUAGAUUUGGAGCACAUCCGGAAACGGAAACUUGAGGAUGGUCAGUCAUCGGGGGCUUCGGGGAAGAAGCCCAAGGGAUCAGAUGGGAGGCCGAAAGGCCAGUCGGGACCAAGCCGCUGCAGGAGGUGCGGCAGGCCGCACGAGGGGGCGUGCAGGAUGGGAUCGUCAGGCUGCUACAAGUGCGGCAAGUUUGGGCAUAUCAGCAGGGAUUGCACUGCUCCUGCGACCGUUAUUCAGACAUCGGAGUUGCUGUGUUUCCACUGCAACCAGAGGGGCCACAAGAAGGCCAAUUGCCCCAUGUUGACAACUUCAGCGCCAGUAAAGGCGCCAGCUCCAGCGACCCUGCGGAUCACGGAUGGCCGUCAGGGCAAGGCAGAGGCUCCAGUGGUGAGGAGUCGGGCAUUCCAGUUGACUGCCGAGGAGGCACGCGCCGCGCCCGAUGUGGUGACGGGUACCUCUGCAUCGAAGGGGAAGGAGCCGGCGCGGUAGCGGCACGUCAUACACACACUCUUCGGUUUCCGCAUUUAUGAGAUUUACUGGGAUUGUACUCUGAUAUUUGAUGGGAUGUACGGUUUGGCUUUUGAGAACAUGGUUGCAAUGUGUUAUGGUGUGAACAAACAAUGUUUCUUUUUAUUUAGACAAUGUUUUUAUUUAUUAAUAUUUUCUAAAGUAAU